GCCCGCGCUGCGCACGUUCGGCCAUGGCUGCGGUAGCAUUACCGCUGCUGCUGUUGUUGGCGUCACCGGUCACCCCAACCCCAGCCCGCGACCCCUUCGCUCCGCAGCUCGGAGACACUCAUAGGUGCCAGCAGCGGUGUCGGCAGCGCCACCCUGGCUCGCUGCCUGCGCAGCCUGAGCCAGAGGGUCCCUCAGAGUCCCCAAGUAACAAGGCCAUUCUGACCAGCGCUUGCGAGCGUGGCUGUCGGCUUUUCUCCAUCUGCCGCUUCGUGGCCAGGAGCUCUAGGCCCAAUGCCACAGAGACAGAAUGUGAAGCAGCAUGCACCGAGGCUUAUGUGAAGGCAAUGGAGCAGCGGGCCUGCAGUGAGGGGUGCUGGGGCCAGAUCCCUGAACCUGAGACCCAGCUGGAGCAGAAGGAAUUGGCUUUGGACCCACCUAGUGGGAUCCUGUCCUUACGGGACCUGUUUUCCAUGUUCUGCAAUGACCUGAUGAGUUCCGCCCAGGGCUUCAUAUCCUCCACCUGGACAUAUUCCCUUCAGACAGACAACCGGAAGGUGGUGGUGUUCCAGACCCAGCCUGUAGUAGAGAAAUUUGCAUUCCAAGGAAGCCGUCUGCAGCGAGUGGAGGUGGCCUGGAGGGGGUCCCACCCCAAGGCCCUAGAGGUGCACAUGGACCCCACAGGCCCCUUGGGCAAAGUGAGGAGGGCUAAGCCACGAGUGAAGACCAGCAGAGCCAAGGUGGAGUCUGAGGACCAACAAGAGAGUGACUUUCUCAGUUGCAUGUCCCGGCGCUCCGGGCUGCCUCGAUGGGUCCUGUUCUGCUGUCUCUUCCUAUCCGUCCUGAUCAUGCUGUGGCUGAGUUGCUGCACGCUGGUCACUACACCAGGCCAGCACCUCAAGUUCCAGCCUCUAACUGCAGAACAGCACAAGGGCCUCCUGGUGGAGUCUGACUGGCCCUUGUACCCGCCCCCGCCACCUGCCUAUGAAGACAGCCCCCACCUUACAAGUUGAAACUUGACUUGACCACGAUGUAAUCUCCUGCCUUUUUGCAAGUACAGGGGCUUCUCCACGUUCACUCACUCUGUACCCUAAAGUCCAAGGUCAGGGUGGGGACCAGCCUUGGGAUCAUCUACCCCCUAGUCUUCCCUCCCUCUCUUGCCAGCACGUCCCUCUGUCCCCUUGAGACAAACGGACCUGAGUGGCUGGGAGAGGACGGUCUGGCCUCUCUCACCUUGUCUUGCAUUCCCAGAGGCUGGCUUUUUGACAUUUCUCACAUGUUCUGAGUAUGGAACCUCAUCUGUGUUGCUUUCUUUUUCUUCCUGUGUCCUCACUGUGGGGCUGAGGUCUCAGGGGUUCCUCUCUGCUAAGGUUCUUUUUCUUUAUCUCUAGAGACCCCACAAGGACAGAGUGGUGGGGACUCCCUCCUGGGAGGAGAUACAGAGACACAAACCUUUAAAUAAAGUGAAGAAAAGAUAGGGUGGCUGA